AUGGCCAAGGAGCGAGGUAAGACUCAAUUCACUGUCCGAGAUGUGACCAACUUCCUCAAUGGUGGAGAAGAAGAGACCCAGAUUGUCGAGAAGAUCAUGAGCAGUAUUGAACGUGAUCCAGUACUGUCUGUCACUGCUGACUACGACUGCAACCUUCAGCAGGCCCGAAAACAGACCAUGGAGCGGGUGGCUGCUCUGUCGCCUUAUCUGGUCACCGAUACUGAGAAGCUAUCUCUGUGGCGUGCGCAACUGCAUGGAAUGGUUGAUAUGUCUACUCGUACGCGGUUGUCGAUCCACAACAACCUGUUCAUUGGUUCCAUCAGGGGAUCUGGUACUCCUGAACAGUUCAAGUACUGGGUCAAGAAGGGAGCGGUGGCUGUUAAGCAGUUCUAUGGAUGCUUUGCCAUGACAGAGUUGGGCCAUGGAAGCAACCUCAAGGGACUAGAGACAACCGCCACUUAUGACCAGGACAGUGACCAGUUCAUUAUCAACACUCCUCAUAUUGGUGCUACCAAGUGGUGGAUUGGCGGUGCAGCCCACACUUCCACCCAUUGUGUUUGUUUCGCGAAACUGAUUGUGCAUGGCAAGGACUAUGGUACUCGAAACUUUGUGGUACCUCUCCGAAAUGUCCACGAUCACAGUCUCAAGGUCGGUGUUUCAAUUGGAGACAUUGGAAAGAAGAUGGGCAGAGAUGGUGUUGACAAUGGCUGGAUCCAGUUCACCAAUGUUCGAAUCCCCAGACAGAACAUGCUAAUGAGAUAUGCCAAGGUGUCUGAUACUGGAGUGGUAACCAAACCCGCUCUUGACCAACUCACUUAUGGAGCCCUCAUUCGAGGUCGAGUGUCCAUGAUUGCCGACUCGUUCCACGUCUCCAAACGAUUCCUCACAAUUGCUCUUCGGUACGCUUGUGUCCGACGACAGUUUGGAACCUCUGGAGACACUAAGGAGACCAAGAUCAUCGACUACCCUUACCACCAGCGACGAUUGCUGCCUCUUCUGGCCUACUGCUACGCUAUGAAGAUGGGUGCUGAUGAGGCUCAGAAGACUUGGAUUGAGACCACCGAUCGAAUUCUGGCUCUCAAUCCCAACGACCCCGCCCAGAAGAACGAUCUGGAGAAGGCCGUCACCGACACAAAGGAGCUGUUUGCUGCGUCUGCAGGAAUGAAGGCAUUUACCACGUGGGGAUGUGCCAAAAUCAUUGAUGAGUGCCGACAGGCCUGUGGAGGUCAUGGAUACUCUGGAUAUAACGGAUUUGGCCAGGGCUACGCUGACUGGGUUGUCCAGUGUACCUGGGAAGGAGACAACAACGUUCUGUGUCUGUCAAUGGGCCGAGGGCUGGUUCAGUCAGCUCUACAGAUUUUGGCUGGAAAGCACGUCGGUGCUUCUAUUCAGUACGUAGGAGACAAGUCUAAAAUCUCCCAGAACGGCCAGGGUACCCCCAGAGAGCAACUUCUGUCCCCCGAGUUUCUAGUAGAAGCUUUCAGAACGGCUUCUCGAAACAACAUUCUCAGAACCACCGAUAAAUACCAAGAGCUUGUCAAAACUCUCAAUCCCGACCAGGCCUUUGAGGAGCUGUCUCAGCAGAGAUUCCAGUGUGCUCGAAUCCACACACGACAGCAUCUUAUCUCUUCAUUCUAUGCCCGAAUUGCCACUGCCAAAGACGAUAUCAAGCCCCAUCUGCUGAAACUGGCCAAUCUGUUUGCCCUCUGGUCAAUUGAGGAGGACACUGGAAUCUUCCUGCGGGAGAACAUCCUCACCCCUGGAGACAUUGACCUGAUCAACAGUCUUGUGGACGAGCUCUGUGUUGCAGUUCGAGAUCAGGUAAUUGGACUCACUGAUGCCUUUGGUCUCUCUGACUUCUUCAUUAACGCUCCCAUCGGCUCCUACGAUGGUAAUGUUUACGAAAAGUACUUUGCCAAGGUCAACCAGCAAAACCCCGCUACUAACCCUCGUCCUCCCUACUACGAGUCGACUCUCAAGCCCUUCUUGUUCCGAGAAGAGGAGGACGAUGAAAUUUGCGAUCUCGAUGAGUGA